UCCCCUCUCUCUCUCUCCUCUCGUCACACACUCGUCAAUUCAUCAGUCAUCACUCCCAAAAUCCAAUUCAAUCAGAUCACUCUAAAACCCCUCAUAAACCCUACUAUAAAAAUGGGAACGAAUGUGCCGAGAAUCAAGCUGGGUUCGCAGGGGUUCGAGGUUUCGAAGCAAGGCCUGGGCUGCAUGGGCAUGUCAAUGAGCAUGUCAAUGGGCUACGGCCCGCCCAAACCCGAGCCCGAAAUGAUCGAGCUCAUCCACCACGCCGUCACCUCCGGCGUCACAUUUUUCGAUACCUCCGACGUGUACGGUCCCCACACCAACGAAAUUCUUCUCGGCAAGGCUUUGAAAGGGGGAAUGAGAGAACGAGUGCAAAUAGCGACCAAGUUUGGGAUAACGCAUAAAGAUGGGAAAAUGGAAAUACACGGGGAGCCUGCAUAUGUUAGGGCUGCAUGUGAGGCAAGCUUGAAGCGUCUUGGAAUUGACUGCAUCGAUCUCUAUUAUGCUCAUCGUAUUGACACUCGUGUGCCCAUUGAAGUCACUAUGGGAGAGCUUAAGAAACUCGUCGAAGAAGGGAAAAUAAAAUAUAUUGGUCUCUCAGAAGCCUCAGCUUCGACAAUCCGAAGAGCUCAUGCUGUUCAUCCAAUAACAGCUGUUCAGAAUGAAUGGUCACUGUGGGCAAGAGAUGUCGAAGAAGAAAUAGUUCCUACAUGCCGAGAACUUGGUAUUGGAAUUGUCCCAUACAGUCCACUCGGUCGUGGUUUCCUUUCAGUGGGUCCCACGUUGAUAGAGAACAUGUCAGAGAGCGACUACCGUAAGAAAUUUCCAAGAUUCCAAGGAGAAAAUCUCGAAGCUAACAAGCUGGUAUAUCAACGGAUUAGCGAAAUGGCUAAGGUAAAAGGGUGCACCCCGUCUCAACUAGCAUUGGCUUGGGUCCAGCACCAAGGAGAUGAUGUGAUUCCAAUACCAGGUACCACCAAAAUCGACAACUUCAACGAGAAUAUCGGAGCUUUGACUGUGAAGUUGACUUCAGAAGAGAUGGGUCAACUCUAUGCUUUGGCCGACAUCGUUAAGGGAGACAGGCAUGUUUACAUGGCGAACACAUGGAUAAACUCGGAUACUCCUCCAUUGUCUUCAUGGAAAGAAGGGAAAAUAAAAUAUAUUGGUCUCUCGGAGGCCUCAGCUUCGACAAUCAGAAGGGCUCACGCCGUUCAUCCAAUCACGGCUGUUCAGAGCGAAUGGUCGUUGUGGGCAAGAGAUGUUGAAGAAGAAAUAAUACCUACAUGCAGAGAACUCGGUAUCGGAAUCGUUCCGCACAGUCCGCUCGGUCGUGGCUUCUUUUCGACAGGUCCUAAGUUGAUGGAGAAUUUAUCGGACGGUGAUUUUCGUAAGAUGAUUCCGAGGCUUCAACCGGGAAAUAUCGAAGCUAAUAAAGUGGUGUACGAACGGAUUAGUGAGAUGGCUAAGGAAAAAGGGUGCACCCCAUCUCGACUAGCGUUGGCUUGGGUUCAUUACCAAGGAGAUGACGUCAGUCCGAUACCAGGUACCACCAAGAUCGACAACUUCAACGAGAAUAUCGGAGCUUUGACUGUGAAGUUGACUUCGGAAGAGAUGAGUCGACUCUCUGCUUUGGCCGAUUUUGUUAAGGGAGAUAGGCACGUUUUCAUGUAUAGCACGUGGAUAAACUCGGAUACGCCUCCGUUGUCCUCUUGGAAAGGCGAAUACUGAUAGAGUACGAUAAUAAACGAG